GGUGGCUACAUUACCACGAUGCUCUAUCUCCGGUUUGGUCUAGGGCGACAUGCUGUGGUAGUUGCUCAAGAAGACCCGCAGAAUCUUUCUCGAUUUCUCCAGACCAUUGUUGCAAACGAAAUUGUUUACACAACAGGGCUGGCCUGCGCAAGACUGUCUAUCGUAUUCUUGUACUAUCGCAUCUUUGGUUCGUCAAACAUGAGGUAUUUCCUUCAUGGAUUUACAGCCCUUGUACUGGCCUGGACUAUUGGUACUUUUGUCCCCUCCAUUCGAACGUGUUGGCCAAUCAGUAGUUUCUGGGACGGUACGAAUCAAAACUGCAUUGACCUUCACGGCUUCUAUGUUGGUGUUGCAAUCGGCAGUAUUGUGACUGAUUUCGGACUUAUGGUAUUACCCAUGCCUUAUAUAUGGAACCUGAAAGUUGCAAUGUUCCAAAAAGUUCUACUGGCGUUAACUAUGAUCUUUGGAGGCUUUGCAUGUUUUGUCACUAUAUUUCGUCUUGCUAUUGUGGUGUCUUUGGAUCUAUCUGAUCUCACUUGGAAUACAGUGGAUCAGAUUAUCUGGACGACCUUGGAGUUAUUCUGGUAA